UCAUAGGCCGUGCCUUGCCACAGCGCCCCACUCAUCACCACCUCCCUCGAGCUUGCCGAAGGUGACCCUCGGCGGCCCGGGGCUGCUGUAGACGUUGGGCAGGUCGACGGGCGAGACGGGCUCGAUUGUCGUCUUGUCCUCAAAUCGACACUUCUUGAGCGAUGCCGCCGAACCCUCCAGCAUCUUGGCGUACACCGCCCGAUGGCCGCGGGCACGAUGGCGCCCCUCCGUCACCUCCUCGUUGUCGCCCACUACUUGCGCCGGCUCAUCGUCCUCUUCUCGCCCGUCGUCACUGGCGGUGUCGUCGCCCGGCUGGUCCUCAUGCCCUCGCGAGUAGACCUCUUCGUCUGUGGCGAUGGCGGCCGUCUGCAGGUGGGUCAGCCGGCUCCGCCGCUGCCGCAGGACGGCCCGCGAUGCUCUGCGCCACAGCUUGUGGGUGGCGGGGGUGAUGAUCAGAUGGCGGAUGACGAACGGCGAACGGCACGUGUCCUGCAUGGUCUUGUUGACGAGAGCCAGACGGACGGCCUCGAGUGUGGCCAUGUGGUCACACACAUGGGCCAGCUUCUCUGGCUGAACGCCGCACAGCGAUGCAUUGGGCGGUGGAGCAGCCUGCUCACAACAGCAGACAGACAGACAGACAGGUUCUUAUGUGUGCUGAGCUUGAUGCUGUGUGACGACUUAUAUACCAGCUGUCGUUGUCUGAUGAUCUCAUUGGCGAUGGCCUGAGUCUCGGGGCUGCUGAAAUCUGGAACACACACACGCAUCGACACAACAGCAACGCAUCAUGAACACAUUUCACGGCACAUCUGUGCACGUGGCGUGCCUGCCAUCAUCUCCCCUGUCGUUUGCUCAUGGCGCUGCUGAUGCUCUUGAUCCGCCUUGUGUGAAGCAGCGGCAGGCCGCAGGAAGCGACGGAUGUCAGCUUGGCGGCGGGGCAUGGUGGAAUGAAGUGGCCGACAAAAGCAGCGGGCGGUACAGCAAAGCUCAAUUGUGGCUAGAAAGGCAGGAAGCCUGAGGAAGUGCCGUCUGGGCAGGAAGAUCGGGAGGCCCAGCACCACCUGAAAAGGCUGGCUGCUGAGGAAAUGAUGUGUCGCCCGCAGAUGGAUAACCUGGGCU